AUGGAUACCGAUAUGACAGACGCCGGCUACGACAUCGACAUCGAUGUCGGAGCCCCUGUCGCCUCCAAGGACGAGAACAGCAUGCCUGCUGCCUACUACGAGAACCUCGACACACAACCUCACAAAGCCUGGCCCGAGUGUCUGAAUCUACAAGGUGUUGAGGACUUCGACCCCAAUGACCCUCUGUAUUAUGCUAUGGAGGCGAUUGGUUCCGAGCCACGUGUGAAGCAGCUGCGAUGGGUCAGCGACUCUUCUGUCAACCUGGAGUUCUACAGCUCAGAAGACGCAGCCGCGGCACUGGCACUGCUCACCCAUGAAGAGGCCGGCGACCCCAACUCGUACGCUCUACAAGACAGCCGCCGAGCCAAGACAUACACGAAGAAGCCGAACAGCAUCCUGAGAUUACGCGAGGCGAACGAUGGAGACCAGAAGCCCAAGGGCGCGGCAAACCGCAGCACCUACUACCAACGGAACCCUGAUAUUAUGGCGAGGAGGACAGUGGCUCGCGAGACUCAAGACCCCGAAGGAGGAGAAAGUGGGUUUUACAUGUACAAUUUCUACAGGGACGUGCUAACUCGAAGCAGCAGCGGCGAUGAGUCGAUGGACGAGGACUCUGGCGUCGAGAGACGAAGGAACAACACAUUCCGCCGAAACGACCGAGACAACCGGGACACGCGAGGUCGGGGCGGCCGCCGGAACGACAGAGGCAGAGAUGACAGGAACUCUGGACGGCUGAGGGAUGAUAGAGAAUCUGGCAGGCUUGGUGCAGAUGUCGACUCCUACCGCCCAGGAUCCAGGAGGUACGUUAAAGCCACCAGUGACAACGCAUCAAAGCUAACAGUUUUCAGUCCCCGCGAGACGCAUUUCGGCCGCCUACGGGGUCGCAGUGCCUCACCAACUUCGAACGACGGCGACGGUAGAUUUGGUUUCGCCGAAGACAAUUCGAACCUGCGCACUCGCUACCGCAGCCGGAGCCGCAGCCGCAACCCUCGGAGAAGACGAGAGCCGAGCGCUGACCGGUGGACCCAUGAUCGUGCAAACUACGGCACUUCAGGAGGGCGCUGGCAAACAGAUUCCUUCAUCGACAGCUCGCCGAUGGGCAACCACCGCCGCUCAGAUGCAAUGGAUUCGACGGGCAAGGGUGCAUCUCUGUUGUCACGUAUGACAAAGGAUGGACGUCCGGUCGUGCCGCAGACACGAUCGCUAGCCGACCGCAUCACACGGGACGAUGACGACGACGAUCACUCAUAUGGCCGUCUCAAGGGUGACGACAGAGAACCCGCGUUCAACGACUUCUCUGAGCCCAAACCUCGACGCAACCUGGUCGACCGUAUCAGUCGCGACACUGACAUUAAUAUCCGCGGGCGCAGUCAGGAGGGCAUCAACAUCAAAGGCGCUGGCAACGGCUCUUCAGGAGGCGGAAUAAACAUUAGAGGUGUGGCCAGUGGUGCCUAG